CAUGCUGUCACGAUAUAUAAGCUACUAUUACUGCCCACGUAACUGACAGUAUCGUUUUGUUACGUGACACAAGCACAAAACAUGGCCAGCAUUACCGAAAUGGAGGCUGAGGCCCCUCACAACAACUUCGACACUAUCCUCAUUCUCGACUUUGGUUCGCAGACGAGCCACCUCAUCCUGAGACGCCUGUGUGCCCUCAAGGUGUACGCUGAGAUGCUGCCAUGUACCACGAAGCUGGCGGAUCUCCCCUUUAAACCGAAGGGUAUUGUGCUUUCUGGAGGGCCCUUGUCUGUCUAUGAUCAGGGCGCGCCCCAUGUUGACCCUGCUGUCUUUGAUCUUGGUGUCCUAAUUCUGGGCAUUUGCUACGGUUGCCAGGAGCUUGCUUAGAGGAUUAACUCCGAGAACGUCGCCUGUGGUGCAGCCUGAGAGUACAGUUACGCUAAUGUUACUGUUGGCAUAUGGGUGAUGCGGCCGGAGGCGGUGGGUCACGUGACACACCGCCUACCGGCAGAAUCCCUUACCCUUGCCUAUACGCAAGGGUGCUACUACACUUGUGC